AUGAGUAACAUUAAAUUAUCAUAACUAAUAUUACUUCGCAAGUAUUCUUAAGCUGAUAACUAUCAAUACACCAAAUCUUUGAAUGACUUUAUAGAUAAUGCAAGAACAAACUAAGUUAUACAUUUUCAUUACAUCUCUAACAUUAAUCAUCAACAAGAAUAUUUAAGAAGAACUUAUACUAUUAGUAUAUAACUCAACCUAUUUUAGAUGAAAUUCUUAAUAAAAUCACAUCCUUGGUUGAAUAUUACAAAUUUCACAAUGAAAUACCUAGAUGUUUUCUUCCAAAAAUUUCAGAUAUCAUUAGCAAGUAGAAUAUUGAUUUCAUAUUUAGUUACCAUGAUAAGAGAAGAAAAGUUGAGUAUUUAAGGAUCAAGCGAUUUAUUGAAUAUCAAAAUAAAAUAAAUCCAAAUCAACCUCAAAAAAUUAUUGUAGGAGAAUAACCUGAAAUUACUAUAACUUAGAAGUCUGAUAAAAAAUAUAGUAACAUCUUAAAUGAUAUUGACGAAUCCUCAAAAACUAUUGAUAAAAUUUAAACCAAACUUAACUCCAUUAAAUUAAAUGUUGAAGAUCUACAAUUAAUCCAAUCAAAUACAGAAUAAGAAAAAUUAGAUAGUUUUCUUAAGCAUAUAGCUAGAAAGAAACAAAAAUAAACAUAACCUCCACAUUCUCUUAACCUUAAAUUUCCAAUUGGAUUAUCAUAAAGAACUAUUAAAUAAGUACUAUCAAGAAAAAUUAUGGCACAAUAAUCAAAUUAAGGAACUAAUUUAAAUUCUGCUAAAACUAGUAAAUAACUUUCAUUAUAUUAAUAACCUUCUAAUAUUUAAUCUACAUCAAGAAUAAAUAAUAAAUAAUAUCCAACUUAAAAAGAAUUUAGUCACUUUGGAUCAUUCACUUAAAGAGUAGUCAAAGAAAAUCCACUCUCUAAAUUGUUGUCUCCAUUACAAAUUUAGAUAGUAAAUGUUAAUAGGUAUAUUGCAUAUAAUUAUAUAUUAGUACAUCAUCAAAUAAAUGUAAAACAACUGUAUCUAUUUCUAAAUAAUUUAAAAUUACUGAUUCCUUGAAGUUUUCCAAUAUUCAUUAACAUACUAGAUCAGAUUUUAAAUUCUUUAAGAAAAUAUGA